AUGAAUCCAUCACAAAUCUUCUCUACUCCAACAUCAUCAUGUUUUUCCCUUGAUUAUCUCUUGACAAUCUUUCUCAAGCUCACUACUCUUCCCUCAACCAUAUGGUAUUACGUGGUUCUAAUCCUAACAAAUCUCAAAUGCUCAUUUGACGUCCUCCUCCUCUGUAACCACUACUCUUUACUUGUGCCUCUCCUUUAUGACGUUCUGAAGAUCCCACAGAUCUCCGAACAAGCGCUCCAAAUAACCCGGCACGAGCACGACAAGGAAGGAGGAUCGGAGCACUGCGCGGUGUGCCUCGAUCAGGUAGAAGAAGGAGAAGAGAUUGGAGAGCUGAGAUGUUUUCACGUCUUUCACAAACUUUGCUUAGAAAGAUGGGUUCGGCUCAAGCACAUGACAUGUCCUCUUUGCCGUGGCUCUCUAGCCCCGCCUAUGAGAAAUACUACUGAAGAAGAAAUUGAAAGGGAAGUUCUUUUCUUCAAGUUUUGUUUUUUCGAUUCAGAGGAUGAUGACCUUGAUUCGUGGUGGCUCCGAUGA